AGCCAACUGAAGAGACCCAAACAGACCAUUCUCCAUAUUUCUCUCUCCGCUCCUCUCUCUUCCCAAGUCCCAUUGUCUUCAUCGUAUAUAUAUUAACUUGCAGAAAAAGCCAGAAGAAGAGAGAGAAAGACCCAAAAAUUAAAAUUAGAAACUCUUCUCUUUCUAAUUUUAAAAAAUAAAAAAAACAAUUUAUGGAUGAGAUACGUUCUUGUGGCAAAAAGCUUCGUAGUAGAAGUAGCCGGAGGGGAAUAUCAACGUCGUUUGGUCUAUUCACUAUCGUUUUCUUCACUCUCACCGGCGCCGCCGCAGCUUUCAAUCUCGCCACCAUUCCCUUCGACGAAGGUUACAGCCCUCUCUUCGGCGACGGGAACCUCGUUCGCUCCCCCGACGGUAGAGCCGUUCGUCUUCUCCUCGACCGUUUCACAGGGUCUGGUUUCAUCUCGUCAAGUCAUUACAACCAUGGAUUUUUCAGCGCCAACAUUAAGUUGCCAUCCGAUUACACCGCUGGAAUUUGUGUUGCCUUCUACACAUCAAACGGCGACGUAUUUGAAAAAUCUCACGAUGAGCUAGACUUUGAGUUCUUAGGCAAUGUAGAAGGGAAGCCAUGGAGGUUUCAGACCAACCUGUACGGAAAUGGCAGUACGAGCCGUGGCCGAGAAGAACGCUACCGCCUUUGGUUCGAUCCCACCAAAGAGUUCCACCGCUAUAGCAUUCUUUGGACCCCAAACAUCAUUAUAUUUUACAUUGAUGAAGUUCCAAUAAGAGAAGUGGUAAGAAGUGAAGAGAUGGGUGGAGAUUUUCCAACAAAACCAAUGUCUUUAUAUGCAACAAUAUGGGAUGCAAGUAGUUGGGCCACCAAUGGUGGCAAGUACAAAGUGAACUACAAGUAUGCACCUUUUGUGGCUGAAUUCAAAGACCUAGUUCUUGAAGGCUGCCCCGUAAACCCUAUUCAAGAAGCUCCAGCCACCGUGGCUUGCGCCGAGAAGAAUGCCGCACUCGAGAGGGAAGACUACGCGGCAAUCACGCCCGAGCGCCGCUCCGCCAUGCGCAAAUUCCGCCAGCGUUACAUGUACUACUCUUACUGCUAUGACACGUUGAGAUACCCUGUGCCGCCGCCCGAGUGCGUCAUUGUCCCCUCCGAAAAGCGGCGGUUCAAGGAGACAGGUCGGUUGAAGUUCGGAGGAAGCCACCGCCGCCAGUCCAAACGGAGGAACCGGGUUCCGGUUGUUACUUCUAUCAGGGUCUCGGGUGACCAGUCUGAUAUGUGAUAUAUAUAUAUAUAUAUAUACAUACGUACUUAUUGAUAAGUAAAUUUGGAAAGGUUCAUAUAUAUAUGUGUGAGUGGAAUUAAUUAAUGUACAUUUUUUUUUUCAUUUUCUUUCAAUCUUUAAUAAUUAUCAUA